UUACUAGAGGGACUCUAAUUUCUGUUGCAAGUGAGCGCCACCUAUAAGUACUAAGUAUGAUUGUGCAAUGUAUACCUACAUCGGUGAAUUGUCAGCCUAAAAAAUGUUUGAAAAUUAUAAUAGCUUUAUAACUCAUGAGACAAAUUGUGCAUUUUUUAACGAAAAACCAUAAUAAAUUCGCAUAGUUCUUUGUGUCGAUACUGUUGGCAGAAUAUUACAUGCUCCAAAUAUGGAAACUAGUGUAAACCAGUGUAAACACUUGUGAUUGUGCAGUUCAACAGAAUAGAGUUUCACAACUCUAUUUGUAAAUGAAGAUUCUUCUUCUGAUUGAUUGUGAUCAAUAAUCUCAAGUAUUUCUUAAGAAAUCUGUCUAAUAAUCUUAUCCGAUAUAUGUUGUAACUCUUCUAAUGUCAUUUAUACGUAUCUCCUGUGAUAUCACAAAAUUAUUGUUUUAUUUACUUCUAUAUAUAUUUUUGGUAUAUAUUUAAUGGAUUUUUAUUAUUACGCUGUUUGUCAUACAAAUUUGUCUUGUUUGCACUUGUAAAAGACACUUGAACUAAUUUGUUUAAAUAGCAAUUGUUCUUUGAUGUACCUCAAGGCACUUUUAUAUUUAUUUCUUUGUUUGAAUUAUAUUCCUUAUAAUGUAAAUGCUGCAUGGUAUUUACAAAUCAGUUUUUGAAUUUAGUUAUUUUAUUUUACUAUAAUAUUAUAUCUUGAUUAUAUCCAAGAUAAACUUUAUACAUGUAGUUUUCUCGACACAAGUGUAGAUAGUGUAAAUCUACUUUGAAUCUUAUAUUUUAUAUGUAAUGAUUAAUACAUAAACAUUAAAAUGGAAGCUAUUGAAACACAAUCAUUUUAUGGAGACACACUUGCUGUCUGGAGGUCCAAAAUCUUUCAAGAGCUACAGCAUGGAAUUUUACUGUCUGUAAAAGAACCUCAUAAAAUGCCACAACGUAUUAUGGGUCCAACACAAUUUUGGGCUGAAUUCCAUAAGCAAGCUGAGGCCUUAGCUGUUGCAAGACAACAUGACAAUUCUAACGAUGUUCUUGGUACAUUUGUUUAUCAGAAUGAAAAUGGUCACCGUAUAUUUGUUGUGGCACAUCCAGAGGUUUAUUGGUGGUACUAUUCGCAGAAGUCACCAGAGUGUAGAUGCUCGUAUGAGGUUAUUCCUGAUGGUGCACCUGUAAAGUUAUACUUUGACUUGGAAUUUUUAAUUGAUCAAAAUCCUAAUCAUAAUGGACACAGGAUGACUAAGACGAUAACUGAAAUAUUUUGUGCAUAUCUUACUAAACUGUGGGGUUGUCCAUGCAAUGAGAGCAAUGUACUAAGUCUGGACUCGACCACAAGAGAGAAGUUUAGUAGACACCUUAUAUUUUGCAUCAAAGAAGUUGCUUUCAAGAACAAUAUUCAAGCUGGAAAAUUUGUAAAAAGUGUUUGCAAGGACAUUACCAAUUAUGUAGACUCAGGUUUUAAAGGAUCAGAUGUUCUUGAUUUUUUCGAUAGAAAAAACCUGAAGGAAUUAUUUAUUAAAACAUCUGAGAACAGAAAAUUAUUUAUUGACACAUCUGUAUAUUCAAGAAAUAGACACUUUAGGAUAUAUAAAUCUACGAAAUGGGGCAAACAGUCACAUCUUGUACUCUCGCCUCAUUCAAAAUAUAUAUCUGCUGAAGAGUGCAAGGAUAAGGAUCUUGGAAUAUUUUUGGAUUCACUUAUAUCUUACUUUCCUACCAAAACGAACCUCAUCUUGUUGGAACUCGAUGAAAAAAAUGUAACUGACAUUGAAAUGUACAUUAAAAGAUCAAGUCAAUUGACUCCACCACAAGAGAGUACAGUCAAAUCAAAAUAUCCAUGCGUUGAUAAGUUCAUUUCAAAUAUUGUAAAACCUGGAAGAAUUCGACUGUCCACUUAUUUCGAAAGCACAAAAAAAAUUUCCUACGAAAUUAUAGGAAAUAGAUAUUGUGAUAACAUAGGACGACCUCACAAAAGCAAUAACAUCUAUUUGAUUGUCGAUUUGCAUAAAAAGUUGUGGUACCAAAAAUGUCAUGACGAAGACUGCACAGGUUUCAUGUCAAAGCCAAAAAAGUUACCGGAAGAAAUUGCAUUUCAAUUGGAAGACGAAAGUGAUGAAAUUCUUUCUUCCAUUGAUAACUUUGACUUGCCUUUCACUAAUGAAUAGGAAGAAGAGGACAGUGUAGACGCAGAAUUGAUCAAGAUGCAACUAUGUUAGAGUAACAUUCUCAUUAAUUAUUAAUUUUAUUAGCCCUCUGCAUGCCUGGUGAAAAAUGAUAACAUCGUAUACUUGGUGGAUCUGUCGAACUCGAAAGUAAGAGUAACUUUUUUCUCUCCCUUUGAAUAAUUGUCAUUCUCAAGUGGUAUCGAUAAUGGUAAAAUGCAGGCGUUGGACUUCGCAAAAUUAUUGCCAUAUAUAACUAUGGGCGGAUCUAACAGAUCUCACUAGGCACGCAAAGGAUUAAUACAAUAUGAAGAGAGUGUAAGUAAAAUAUUAAGACACCGUUUUUUUAUUUAGCAUGAUGUUUUCAUUAUUGUACAUAUCCAAUUAUAUAAUUCAACAUUGACAAUGAGAUGUGUAAUAUUUUAUUUACAAUAUACUAAAUUGGCAAAAUCAGUCUGUUUUAAACUGCCAUUGCACCGAAUCAUCGUCAAAUCCUUGAUUAACUGUCUAUGACUGUUUCAAUUCAAAAUUGUAAAAAAUUUAAUGGUGAACGUUCGCUGCACAUUUUAAAAGUUAAAAAUAAUUUUCAAUUCUAACGGCAACGAAUUCGCUCGUAUUGUACAUUGCAUUAGUGAAGCCAUUCGAUCAUAUUAAAUUCGGUGGAAAAUCAUUUGUUUGCUAUAUAAAUUAUAGACUAUGUUGACUAUAUUACAAAUAUGAUUAUAUUUUUUAUUUACUCGUUUGAAUCUAUGUUACGUCUUUGAUUUGCGUUCAGGAAAUAUUUUUGAAUUAAUAGGACUAAUCUUUUGUAAUAGAUACACUGAAAUUUUGCAGUAAUAUAGAUAAAAUGAAUAAAAUCCAAAGAUGUUUAGUUUA